AUGUUCCCUGAGCAGAAGCAGGCCGUGCUGAAUGAAAUCGUGAAGUGUGGGGGGGACACCUGCCCCGACAUCGACAUCGUCAAGCUCGCUGGCCGCUGCGUGAAGGGCGAAGCUUCGCCUGCCGAUGUCAUGGAGGGCCUGCGUCUCUCGAUGUCAGCUCCGCCCGCGGGCGCCGGCGCCGGGGGCGCCGCCGCGGCGGCGUCGAGCGGCGACCUUCCCGCGGAGGUCACCUUCGAAGACGACGAGGACAAGACGUACUACGUCGAUCAGUGGUUCAAGAAGGCGCGCGAGGCGGAGGCUGGCAUUGAGAAGGAGGUGGAGCUCGAGCCGCCAGGGGCGGGCGCGGAGAAGCUCUUCCCGCUGCACCUUGAUCCCAAGUUGCAGGGGGUCAGCUUGGAGAAGCUGGUGCUGGAGCAGAAGGCGCGCUCAUCUUCCACGGCGAUGGCCAUCAAGCAGAAAGAGCCCGGCGACGCGCAGCUCAACUUUCGCGGCAGUGUGGUCGAGUACGAGGAGACGCGCGGGUUGUCUGAGUCGUCGCUGCUGCACCUUGGAUCUUCCAACGGCGUUUCGCUCUUCCUCUACGGCAGCAGGUUCCAGAACUUCGAGAGGGGCGACUUUAACUUGGCGUGGCUUGCGAAGGUGGCCCCAGACAAGAAAGCAGACGAUUCGUCAUCCCACGCGCCCGAGGUCAAGAAGAGGGAGAGCAAUAAGAAGGAGGCGCCACCCGUGAUCACUCACAAGUUGGCGUUCGAGUCGGUCGAGUUCGACCUGGUGGGCCCGAGGACCAAGCAGGUCUACGCGUUCUCGUUCAAGAAGCCGCUCCUCGCCCCGAACCCCGACCUGACAGACGACCAGAAGAUCGGCGAGCUGCUGCGCGAGAAGGCCGCUGGCGUCGGCGAUGUCAUCGCAAAGAAGAUGCCGAAGGCUCCGACCACAUCUUUCGCGAUCUGUUGA